UUGCCUCGUGCCCGCGCUGGUCGGUUGGUGGCGCCUUUGUCCUACGGCGGGCAGGUGGGCUGAGGCGGAGGCGGCAGCGGCGGGCCUGAGGCGAAGGAGCGGCCGGGCGCCCGCCGCACUGGUAGCGAUAUUAAUAAGGCAGCGGAAAGAAGAAAUAUGAAUACGGCUCCAUCAAGACCCAGCCCCACACGAAGAGAUCCAUAUGGCUUUGGAGAUGGUCGAGAUACAAGACGUGAUCGAUCCCCAAUUCGAGGAAGCCCAAGAAGAGAGCCCAGAGAUGGCAGAAAUGGCCGGGAUAGCAGGGACAUGCGAGACCCCCGAGACCUGCGGGACCACAGAGAUAGCAGAGACAUCCGGGAUCAUAGAGACAGCAGAAGUAUGCGUGAUGCUCGGGACAUGAGGGAUCUUAGAGACUUUCGCGAUCUAAGAGACUCUAGGGAUUUUCGAGAUCACCGGGAACCCAUGUAUGACAGAUACAGAGAUAUGAGAGAUUCCCGAGAUCCCAUGUACAGGAGAGAAGGUUCAUAUGACCGAUACCUACGAAUGGAUGAUUAUUGCAGGAGAAAGGAUGACGCUUACUUUGACCGUUACAGAGAUAGCUUUGAUGGACGAGGCCCUCCAGGCCCAGAAAGUCAGUCUCGAGCAAAAGAGCGUUUGAAACGUGAGGAACGGCGUAGAGAAGAGCUUUAUCGUCAAUAUUUUGAGGAAAUCCAGAGACGCUUUGAUGCUGAGAGGCCUGUUGAUUGUUCUGUGAUUGUGGUCAACAAGCAGACUAAAGAUUAUGCUGAGUCUGUGGGGCGGAAGGUGCGAGACCUCGGAAUGGUAGUGGACUUGAUCUUCCUCAACACAGAGGUGUCGUUGUCACAAGCCUUGGAGGACGUUAGCAGAGGAGGGUCUCCUUUUGCUAUUGUCAUCACCCAACAGCACCAGAUUCACCGCUCCUGUACUGUCAACAUCAUGUUUGGAACCCCACAAGAGCAUCGCAACAUGCCCCAGGCAGACGCCAUGGUGCUAGUGGCCAGAAAUUACGAGCGCUAUAAGAAUGAGUGCCGGGAAAAGGAGCGUGAGGAGAUUGCCAGACAGGCAGCCAAAAUGGCUGAUGAAACCAUCCUACAGGAAAGAGAGAGAGGAGGCCCUGAGGAAGGGGUGCGUGGGGGGCACCCUCCAGCCAUCCAGAGCCUUAUCAACCUGCUGGCAGACAACAGGUACCUCACUGCUGAAGAGACUGACAAGAUCAUCAACUACCUGCGAGAGCGGAAGGAGCGGCUAAUGAGGAGCAGCACCGACUCUCUGCCUGGCCCGAUUUCACGCCAACCACUCGGGGCGACCUCGGGUGCCUCGCUGAAGACACAGCCAAGUUCCCAAUCGCUCCCCAGCGGCCAAGUGCUCCCCUCUGCUACACCCACUCCAGCUGCACCCCCCACCUCCCAGCAAGAGCUUCAGGCCAAAAUCCUCAGCCUUUUCAACAGUGGCGCGGUCACGGCCAAUAGCAGCUCUACAUCCCCCUCAGUUGCUGCCGGAAACACCCAGAACCAGAAUUUUUCCACAGCAGCGAACAGCCAGUCUCAGCAAAGAUCACAGGCCUCUGGCAAUCAGCCUCCAAACAUUUUGGGACAGGCAGGAUCUGCCCGGAACAUGGGCCCCAGGCCUGGGGCUCCUUCCCAAGGGCUCUUCGGCCAGCCUUCCAGCCGCCUGGCGCCUGCCAGCGGUGUGGCUAGCCAGAGGGCCGUGGCUUCCACAGGCAUCAACUUUGACAAUCCAAGUGUGCAGAAGGCUCUGGACACCCUGAUCCAGAGUGGCCCCGCUCUCUCCCACCUGGUUAGCCAGACCACGGCACAGGUGGGGAGGCCCCAGGCCCCCAUGGGAUCUUACCAGAGGCACUACUGAGGCUCAGUCUCGCAACGCCUCCCAGACCCCUCACCCCCUGGCCUCCUCCCACUCACUGCGUUCUAGAUAGAGUUAUUUGGGGGACAUUCUCUGCACCUCUCCAGGUCCACAUCAAAUGCCGUAAGUUUCUGCCACCUGCUCUCCUGCCCAAGGCUGCGUUGCUUAUUCGAGUCAGAGUCAAUAUUGCGUUUGGGGGUCUUUUUUUUUUUUUUUUUUUUUUUUUAAUAGAAAAUAUCUGGUCAUUGGGCAUUGUAGGCGAGAAUGGGCUCUUAGUCUGUUUUUCUUGGAUUUCUCUGUCCGUUUCAGGGGGGAGAGAAGCAGCCAAGCCCUGGUGGGUUGGGUUUGCAGUGGCGUUUCCCCGUCAGUAACACUGCCUGUUGUCAUCUUGAACCUACCAAGGUGUUCGGCCUCAACCGCCCGCCGUGCAGCCUGAGGGCGCAGCACGAACAGGUUGUCACUGUGCCCUGGCUCUGGCCUGCCGCUGGUGGAGGCCGGGGUUGUGUGGAGAGGCUGUGGCAGCACAGCACAGACAGGUUUUGCUCAACCCAGGGCUCUUUUUUCUUUUUUUUCUCUUCACCAUUUCAUGAGAGGAUCUCCGGUGGGCAGACCUGCUGCAGUCAGCAGUUUGACCAGACUGUGGGGUUGGGCCCCACAGCUACCCCCUAACAUUUCUGUCAACAUCUCCCUCUCCAGUGCUAGUUUCUCAGAGUUGGUUCUCAGAAGGCAGGUCUGGACUCUGGCAGUGAACACCCACUUCAGGGACUGUUUUGAGUUUUUGGCUCAAAAAUCAGGCUCUUGUUUCCACCUAGAAUCUUGAUUUUGUUUUCUGAGCAGCAGGAGGUAGGGACCAUUUUGAUGUCAGACUUGUGGUCGCUGGACACGUUCUUGAUACGGCGGCUGUUCAUGACUUUUGAGCCAGAAUGAAACUACUAGAGGGAGGGCUUCUGGCUGCUGCUCUAGAUGGAGCCGAGGGCAGCUGCUGUCUCCCUGGGGAGGUGCCCGUCAGAGCCCUGCGGAUCACGAUGGCCUCCAGGGGCCCUGGCAGGAACGAGGGAGUGCAGUGGCUUCAGCUGAGGCCCUGCUAGUGGCUCAGCAGACAGUGGUUUCCACACUCAAGGUCCCCAGAUGGCAGCGUUUUUGUUCUGACCUGUUUGUGUUAUAUAGUGUUUUUUUUUUUUUUUCCUCUUUGGAACUCUUGUGUUGUUAAUAAGAUGAAAUGAUUACUUUUUAAUUAAAAUGAAAAUGUAAAAGCUGCGUCCUCUCUUUUGGGUAUGGCUAGCUGCAGGACCUCUUUGCAGGUCCCCCUCCCAGAUUAGAAGGGGAAGGUCCCAGCACAGCACUGCCCAGUUUCAGUUGGCUGUGACAUCUGCCCCUUGUCCCCGACCUGUGGUCAGACCUCGAAGCCUCUCGAGCCUAUUCUCUCGGAAUGUAGCUCACCUAGUUAGAAGGCUUAGUAACAGUUCAGAGCAAAAGCCUGCUGGCUAAUUAUAAUCUUGUGUUAAACACCCUGUUUGUGGUAAACUUUCAGUGCGUCAGCAUCACCCUAAGAAAGGAAAACAGGCUGUGUUUGGCCAGUGGCCAGUGGAGCGGGUACUCUCCUGUUCAGAGAGGGCAGAGUUGGCAGAACCAUGGUGUCAUAGAGCCUUGGAGAACUUUAGUAGCCAGCUCCAGCAGGAAAUACGGGGCCGCCCGUGGGUCAGCGACAAGAGGCUGGCAGCGCUGAGCCUGACCUGUAAGUGGCGACCUGCUCUUCUGCCCUGCGCCCCGGGGCGGGCCCACAGCUGCCCCUCCUGCCAGGGCCUGGCUGCAUUCUGAUUAAGUCUCCAGGAUCUUCCUGGAGGCCGCCCUGGGCUCCUGUCUCCCCGCCAGUGUCCGGACAGCAUAGCUCAAGCUGUGAAGGGUAUAAUAAAAUUAUUUUUAUUGCAUUUUGUGCAGACGGGAGUCUAAAAAAUUAAUACAGUAAAAGCUGUAAAGCAUUAAAUGGGAGCAUUCAACAAUAAAGGAAAGAACCGACCCUCUCCUUUUCAUAUUGGCACAAAGAACACAAGAUCAAUACUGAGGCAGAAUGCGGAAUACUGAAACACUUACACUGAAAAUUAAAGGCAGGCCUAAUAAUAGUAAUAAAUACUCUUGAUUUGGUUGCAACCUCUCCUAUUUACAAGGGUUUUCAACUUCAUUGCAUUGCCCUGCACAUAGAUCUUCUAAAACAAAAGCAACACUAGUUAUCACUACAAGGCUAUUGAAAUAUUGCACUCAGAA